UUGGUGAGUAAACACGGGGGAAAUGAGUGCGGCCGUAGGACUGUCUGCCUGGUGGCGACAGGAGCCCCGACUGCGAGAGACUCUGAGGGAUCUGAGGGUGGGCGGGGCAGAUGGGCCCACAAGAUGUGGGUUUACCUUAUCAUCUUCCCCCCAGGCGGGGCCCAGGCCUGGGUUGCCAUGGAUACCGUGUCCCUGGAGCAUCAGAUCCAGAGUGUGCAACGCCACAUCAGCUUCCUGAAAAAGGAGCAGAUGGCCCUGCUGCGAGACCUGCACCUGGAAAUCCUGAGGCUGCAGAAACGCUGUUCAGAACUGACUCGUGACCUGGAGAUGAGAGAGGCCCAGUCUCAUCAGCAAGAGGCGGCGUCCCGGGAGCUGGAGAGCAAGUGCCGCGCGCUGGAGUCGCAGCUGGCCGCGCGGAUGGCCGCCAACGCCGAGCUGCGGCGGGAGGUGGCGCAGCGCGAGGCGCUGGUGUCGGCGCUGCGCUGCAGCCUGCGCGCCGAGGAGCGCCGCUUCCUGGAGGAGCUGCGGCGCCGCAGCCAUCGUGCCACCGUGCUGGGCACCGAGCUGCAGAAGCACACCGAGGCGGCCGCCUACCUCUCCUGCCAGCUGCACGCGGCGCGCCAGAGACUGCAGACUCCGCGCCCGGGCGCCGCCGCCGCCGCCGCCGCCGCCGCCGCCGCCGCCGAGCCCCGGCCCCGCCGGCGCGCACAGCGGGUCCGCCGCCCGCCCGCCGCCGAGGCCGCCGCCAAGGGCCCGGGCCGGGACUGGGCCGCCUGGGAGCGCGCGGCCCGCGCCCUGGACGACGUCGACCCCAUGCCCGACCCCGCGCUCUUCCUCUACGCCCGGAGGCCCCCGCGGCCGAGCGGCCGCAGCCCGCGCCAGCCGCCUCCCCAGGAGCCCCCGGACCAAGCCGGCCCGCCGGCCGCGCCCAGCCCGCCCAGCGCUCCCGGGGAGCCGGAGUAGGCGCGGGGCUGCGGGGCGGGGAGUGGGGAAGGCCGGCUCGGCCUCCGGCUAGGGACGCAGCGUGGGCCCGCGCAGGCAGGCCCCGGGGGGCCGCGGGAGCGAGCGGAGGCGGCCCCAGCUCCCCCACCCCCACCCCUUCCAACCGCCCCAGGCUUUUUGUAUUGUCCUGCCCCGAGGGGGCUCCUCGGCGGGGCUGAGAGAGUGCACCUUCUUUGGUGGCGGGGACUCGCAGUACGGAGGCUUAUCUGCUGCAGGGAGGGGAGGGAGCGGGGGGGCGCGCCCUGUCCGGGGAAAGCGCACAAUCGCGCGACGCGAGGGGGAAGGCUGGGCUGGCCUACGAAAGGAACGCAGUGGCACUUAGCACCCCUAGGCCUUCCAGCUCCCCUGUCGGCCCUCCCCCAUUCCCGCACGGCUGCGCUUCCCGCCAAGCCUGCCUUCGAGGGGAGUUUCGGGCUCCGGGCUGGCGGCUGGACCUUUUUCCUCUGACGCCGCUUUUCCGACCCCUACCCCGCUGAUAGGUCCUUACCGGAGAGCACCCAAUUCUUUAAAGGCAUUUCCUGCCAGUGUCCCUGGUAGGGAAAGUGUGACGUGAUGGAGGUUUGAACUUCUGGAGAGGAGUACAGAAUGGGUUCGAUGGCAGAACCUGGUCUAAAGCUGUCUCCAGUUCAGUUCUUCCCCAGGACGCCCACCUAAGGAUUUCGGCCGGGAGCUGUGCUAGGGAAGCAAGGGGGACAUGGCCGAGUCAGCCGCCCCCCACGUCAGGCUUUGGAAGGGCAGAAACUGCCUUCCCCUGCUGGAGGCAGCUGGGAACGUGAAGGCUGCCUUGGGAGCUUUCCUAGGCCUGUCUAUUGGUGCUAAUUUUGCCCAGCUGCACCCGGAGGUGGGAAGAAGGGCCAGGUUCCUGGAAGUAGCAGUGGUGGAUAGAGGCUUGAGUUUGCUGAGGGAGGAGGUAGGAGCACAGGUUAGUCCCCAGGCUGGUCCCCUCCAGGGAGGCCCCCAGUCUUACCAGAAGUGACAGUGGCCUAUGCUCAGAGUAACCCUUCUGUCUAGGAUGGGGAGUGGUGAAAUGGAAAGUGGGACACCCCACGUCCUAACUACUUUCUCCCCAGCUGCCCUCUCCUGACCAAAGGCAGAGUGCGGGUCCAGUGCAGCAAGUGGCCCCCACCGCAAGCCCAGCCCCUAGAAAGACAAACCCUAGAGCCCCUCCCCCCAUGCCAUGCCUCCUCUGUUGGUCCUGCAUUGAGUCCUAAGUGCCUGUGAGGUCUUCCAGGGGCUGCUGAGGGAGAGUGGGGGGCAGGGAGAGGCCUUUACCUCACUCACGGAUAGCGCAUCCUGGCAGGUCUUGUCCUGGCUGAGGCCGAGCAUUCUGUGUGGCACCCAGGGUCUGGGAGAUGAGCAGAGUCCAUCUCUAGGGGUGGUGAACCUUUCUCCCAUCAUGGUCCCUGUAAUGAAUCGGAGGAACCCGCAAUCGUGUUCCCUUUCGCUGUGUAGGUCAGAGGGUGUGGAAAAUCAACGGGCAAGAAGCAAAACCAGUGAGCACACUCCCAGCCCCCACAAAUAUGCUGUCCUCCCCCAGCUGACUGUGCUCAGGACUGCUGAGACCACUGAGCAAUAACCAGGCCUCAUCCGGGUGUCCAACCAAGGUGUGGACGCUCUUGGGACAGUGUUCUCUCUCUCUCAGUCUAAGUUGGGCCACAGUGGUGGUGGCCUGGGGUCCUUGCUCUGCCCGCCCUGGCCUCUUACCCUCCUCUCCCGCCCCAUUUCUGUGCCUCUGCCCUCCUUGUCUCCCCUCAGGUGUGUGUGAUACACUGUACCCCUGGUCCUGUUGCCUCCCUUCCAGAGGUGUCUUUGUGAGGACACCUCUCUCCUCUCUUGUCUGCACUCUUUCGAAGGGGGCCAAAGGACUGUGUGGGAAGGAGGGAAAGGGUGUCUUUCUGCAGCAGCCCACCCAGACCCUGAGCUUCCACAGCCACACUUUUGGGGUAAACAGGGUGACUUUGUUAUGUUGGUUCUUCGACAGAGAGGGUGACAUACUUUAUCCACCCACCCACCUAUUAAAAGCCAUAGCUAUGCCCGCCUGGCCUCCCCCCAGCUCUAUAGCAAUAGCCCUUUUCCCCUCUCCCCUCCUGGGGACCCAGGGUAUCUAGCUGGGGGCCUCUACCACACCCCUACCCCAGGGAGCCUCCGGUGGCCCGCCUGCCUCUCCCCAAAUGACCCCGUCAGCACCUCCGAACUCCUAUCCCUCUUCCAAGCGACCAGCGAUAAUGACAAUUAUUUGUGGGGUGCUUGGAGAUCCCCCAGAUGAAAGGUUCUGAGAGUGCUGGGGCGGCUGACUUGCUGACUCUCACCUGAGGUGUUGAGGGUCUGGGAAAGGAAAUGAGCCAACCGCCCUCCUCCUCCACUUAGCAAGCUGGGAGAGGGGCUGAAGCAGAUAGAGGUUUCCAGUUUUGUUUUAACAAACUCCUCUUCCCCGUUCUUCUCCUAGAAAUAAAGGACUAAAGACUUCCCUCUAUCCACCCGCCCCUGGGAUUUGGAACAGAACCCUCAGUGCAGCAGAAUGGGACUGGGAGUCAGUAGCCUGCCCUUGGCCUCAGGAGCCCCAAAUUCCUUAGCCUCCAGCCCUCUCCCUCUUGUGGCCUGGGGGACCCACACUGCCAAAGGAAAGAGCCCCCUCCCAUAACCCCCUGGAACGUCUGGGUGACUAGAAUAGAAAGGAUUGUGUCUCCUCUCCCCUCCUCCCCUCUUCUCGGCAGCACAAAUCCCCACUGGGGGAGGGGCAUGUUGACAAGAACACUCUGCCCUAGGUGGAGGUCCAGCCACACCCGAAGUGUGGACAGACCCAGGAAGGAGAGCUGCAGGUGGGGACCCCUCCCUGUUCUGGAAGCCAGCCAGGGACCAGUGGGCAAUUCAGCAUGAGGUUCCGUACCCCUGCCCCCCAUAUCCCACCCACAGUGGUCUGCAGUUUGGGGGACCACUCCAGGGCUGAAAUGGGGUAGAACUUCCCCAAGUCAGCAGCAGAAUAGAGGUCUCCCAAUGGAGAGGAAGGAGGCCAGGAGGGUGUGGAACAGCAUCUCUUUAGUGCAGAGAGCUGGGGAUCCCUGAGCACUCUCUCCCUGAGGUGCCAGCCUUGAAUGGGGGACAUGCAGGGCUUCCGAACCACCUGGCAGGAGCUCCAUGGGUGGGGCAGAGGGAUCCUGCUCCAAAUUCUCUGUUGGCUGUGCUUUUUAAUCCAAUGCUUUUCAGAGUGUACUCACUCACCCACAGAAAUAGAGCCCUAUGCUUUAGGGGUGACUGUCAUAUGCCUUAUUCUUAAUAAAAUAUCUGAAAAACACACA